CUCACUGCAGCCAUUGAUGCACAAGGGGAACACUCACAUUAACAAGGAGGCAGACAGGCUGGGGAGGAGAAUGGGGAGGGCAUAACCGGUUAGGCAACUGGAAAUAAAGACAAGGAAAAGCACAGGCUGAGAAGGAUUCCGUGCUACUUUACACCUAAGAAAUGAAGGAACAUCCCUUGCUGGGACCGCUUUCCUGGACUUUUAGAGACAAUAGCAGGCAAAAUUGGGUGCUGUUGAACAGUCAGGUACCUAAUAGGCUUAUACUUUAGUUAGAAUACAGAUCCGGCAUAGAUAGACUGAAAAAAAAGAAAAGAAGAUUUCAGACUUCCCCGCUCUGCACAAACUGCCAACACUGCAAGAUGCUCACACUCUAACACCCGGACUCGAACGGAACCCUGGGUCAAGAACAGAAGUCUGGCAUUACAAUGGGUCAGAGCAGGUUGGAGUCACUUUUGCAACUGAGGGGCAGCAAGGUUCAACUGACAUUAUCCGGCAGCAGUCUAAGCUGGACCUUUCAGAAGAGAUGGUUCUGCUGGGGCAGACAGGGGUCCACAGUCUCCGUUCCGGUGAAUGAGAUUGUCAAGGUGCAUCAGGGAGACACAAAGCAACAAAGCAAGACAACUGAUGGUCCUAGCAUCUACUUCACAGUUUACCACAUCUCUCGGAAGUCGGCUCAGCGAUGGACUCUAGAAGCCUCCACUUUCACGGCGCACAGCUGCCAGGAAGCACAUGACUGGGUGACGGUUCUGCAGGACAGGAUCCAGAACUGCGGUGCAGAAAGGCCGCGGAAGCUGCUUAUAUUUAUAAAUCCAUAUGGAGGGAGGGGCAAAGCUCAAAGAAUCUAUAGCAAUAAAAUAUCCCCCCUCUUCCAGCUGUCAGGAAUCGAGGAGGAGGUGAUCGAGACCACAAGAGCGAAUCAUGCUAGAGAUUACAUUUUGGAAACAGAUCUACAGAAAUAUGACGGGGUGGUGUGUGUUGGGGGUGACGGCAUGUUUAGCGAGUUACUGCAUGGAGUAGUGAGACGGACGCAGAUCGACAACAAAGUGUGCGAGAACAAGGAGGGGGCAAUGCUGACACCUUGCAAGCUUCGCAUCGGUAUCAUUCCUGCAGGUUCCACUGAUUGUGUAUGUUUUGCCACUGUUGGAAUCAAUGAUCCGGUUACUUCUGCACUUCAUAUAAUCAUCGGGGACACACAACCCAUGGACGUCUGUGCAUCGUACCACUAUGGCGAGCUUAUGAGAUACUCUGUGUCUCUCAUCGGUUAUGGAUUCUUUGGGGAUGUUUUGCGAGAGAGCGAGGCUUUGCGCUGUUUAGGGCCUAUCCGAUACGACUUUUCAGGUUUUAAGAUGGUGCUAAGCAACCGCUUCUACAGGGGGACAGUGGAGUUCCUGGAAGCAGAUGACAGUCAAUCCAGUCCAAAAGACAACACUCGCUGCAGAACGGGGUGCCAAGUCUGUUCCGAAUCCUCAGAAAGAUGGAAAGAGGAGAGAGAUGCAGAAUUCCACUGCUGUGACUCAGAGAUGUGGCAAAAAAUAUCUGGCUCCUUUGUGGCUAUCAAUGUUACAGGCAUGUCCAGUGCAUGCCCGAAAAGCAUGGAUGGUCUGUCUCCAACAGCGCACUUGGCCGAUGGCACAGCUGAUCUCAUUUUGGUGCGAGAGUGCAACAUGCUCCAGUUUGUGAGACACCUCAAGAGACACACCAACAAGAAGGAUCAGUUUGCAUUGCCCUAUGUGGAAGUACAUCGUAUUCGUGCCAUGCAUUUUACCCCUGAGAAACUGGAUGAGGAGGGAGCCACCCGCCGGCGUAAGGGCAUCUUUUCAUCACUCUGUGGAGCACCCCCUGAAACCAGCAGCUGGAACUGCGACGGGGAGAUCCUAGACUGUGCACAGCUCAGCGUCAGGGUGCAUCAUCAACUCAUCCAACUGUUUGCACGAGGAAUUGAAGGCACCUCGUGUAGCCGAUGAGAACCCAGCACCAUUUCUACUCCCCAACCCUAGUGCUUGGGAGAACAGAAUUAUUCAUUUUAACACCACAUGGAGCUUGUUGACAUGGCAUGUGGACCCUAAAAGAGGAGGAUAAAUCCAAAUUAACUGCUGCUGGAACGGCAGAGACUGACACAUCAACAUUGUUGGCGCUGUGCUGCUCAGUCCAUGACCGGCAAAAUACUGCUCAGUCCAUGACCGGCAAAAUACUGCCACUUUCAAAGACUUAUGCACUUGCAGACAGUCAGGGAAUUGACUGUAGAGUUUAAAGAUUAAUAAUAAAUAUAUUAUUUUCAUAUUUUGCAACUAGUAAAUUCCACCCGUACUGUGAAUACUCCGGUGGCUGCAGAGAAGUAAGGGUACCUCACCUGAAAAAAACAUUUAACUUAUUCACAGGAAGUUCUGUUGCCAAAUCCAGAUGGUACAGAAAAGAUUCAAUCUCUAAGAGACGUCCAGAUGGAUAGUUCCAGCUAUAUCAAUAUAGAUAUGUGAAUUUGUGAUAUGGGACUGUUCUGCAAACAUGCCAGAAUCCAUUCAGCUUGCUGGACAAAGAAAGAUCAUGCAAGAACUACUGUGAGAAUAUAGUAAAUCUAGUUGGUAACAUGAUCAUUAGUUUUUAUUAUAUAUAAAAAAAAAGAAGUUA